UUUAAUCAAAUUCUCAUUUUAAGAAAUGCGUUUUUAUUUUUGAAAACGUAUGCUGCAUAAUACUGAAUUACAAAAAUUGCUUCGCAAUUGAAUAAUUUCGGCAUUUCUUUGAUUUAUAAAUAAAAUAGGACUAACGAAUUGGAUCUGUUGCUCACUCAUACAUUAUUGAAAAGAUUGCAUUUAAGAGCUUUAUGUGGAAGAAUGUGACCACUCUUUCAUUUGUUGAAUUCCAAAAUUGCGUUGUCUUGAACCUAAUGCCUUGCUAAGGAGAAAAGCUGAUAAAUCAUCAUAUUUUUCGCAAUAAAAUUGGCUACAAUAAGAAAGGUUUGACUUUUGAAAGAUCCAUUAUCCGAACUUGCAACAUACAACAUAUCUCGAUGGAAUCGAGAAUCAUGAAAUAAUAAAUUCCCCAAUACAUCUGUUUAGAAAUUUUUAAUUAAGCUAUAAUUUUUAUUAUUUAUUAGUGCAUAUGGGUGAGUAUUGUUACUGACAUAUAAAAAGGAAUUUUAUUCUUAUGACCCAUGCUAUAAAACAUUCUUCCAAAAAUUGCAUUCAAAAUUUUCCCUUUUGAUUAACAUAAUGAAGAAACUUCUGUUUUGACAUAUAUGGACAACAGCAUUUAAAUUGUGACCAUCAUGAAAAUUUUAUUGGCAAAUUAGAAUUAAUGAGUUGUCUUGUGCUUGUGUCAUAUAGAAAUAAAUGUUUCAAAAACGGAAUUUUCUCAUUGCCCACCUAAUGACAAAACCAUACGCUUGAAUAUUUUGUGAUAUUUUCUCAGCUCCCGAAUUUAAAGAAAUGUUUACUGGUGCAUACUAAAGAGAAAACACUUACAUAUGACACUUGUAGUAAAGAAAUUUUUCAACAAUCACAUUUAAAAAUUUAUUUAAUGUCGCGUACGAACGAGAAAUCCUACCCUUGCGACUUUUGCAACAAAGAAUUUUCUGUGAUUUCCAAAUUCAAAAGACAUUUACGGACGCAUACGGGAGAGAAACCAUAUACAUGCGAGUUUUGCGAGAAAGCCUUUACCCAGAAUGGGCAUUUAAAACUACAUUUGCGUCUGCAUACAGGAGAGAAACCGUAUACAUGUGAAUUUUGUUGCAUAUCCUUUUCGAAUAAGACGUGUUUCAAAACACAUUUACGGACGCAUACGGGAGAGAAACCAUAUACAUGUGAGUUUUGCGAGAAAGCCUUUACCCAGAAUGGGCAUUUAAAACUACAUUUGCGUCUGCAUACAGGAGAGAAACCGUAUACUUGUGACUUUUGUAGCAAAUCCUUUUCGGAUGAGAGUAGUUUUAAAAAACAUUUACGUACGCAUACGGGAGAGAAACCUUAUGCAUGUGAAUUGUGUAACAAAUCCUUUUCGGUUCGGGUGACUUUCCAAAUACAUUUACGUACGCAUACGGGAGAGAAACCGUAUGCAUGUGAAUUUUGUAAUAAAUUGUUUUCGAAGAGGUGCAAUUUAAAAGUGCAUUUACGUGCGCAUACGGGAGAGAAACCAUAUUCAUGCGAGUUUUGCGAGAAAGCCUUUCCCAGGAAGGGGAAUUUGAAAGUGCAUUUAUGUACGCAUACCGGUGAGAAACCGUAUACCUGUGACAUUUGUAGCAAACCCUUUACGGAUAAGAGGUAUUUUAAAAGACAUUUAGAUACGCAUACCGGUGAGAAACCGUAUGCCUGUGACAUUUGUAGCAAACGCUUUAAGGAUAAGAGGUGUUUUAAAAUACAUUUAGAUACGCAUACAGGAGAGGAACCGUAUACAUGUGAAAUUUGUAACGAACCCUUUACGGAUAAGGGGAGUUUCAAAAUACAUUUACGAGCACAUACGCAAGAGAAACUGUAUACAUGCGAGUUCUGUAAAAAGGCCUUUUCCCGGAAUGAGCAUUUAAAACUACAUUUGCGUCUGCAUACGGGAGAGAAACCGUAUACCUGUGACAUUUGUAACAAGUCCUUUUCGGUUAAGGGGACUCUCAAAAGACAUUUACGUACGCAUACGGGAGAGAAACCAUAUUUAUGUGAAUUUUGUAACAAAUCCUUUUCGAAUAAUUGGAGUUUCAAAAUACACUUACUUAGGCAUACUUGAGAGAAAACGUAAACAUGUGAAUUUUUAAUCAGACAUAUUCUCAGCAGUCAUAUUUAAAAACUCAUUUACGGACGCAUACGAAUGAUAAAUUCCAUGUUUGGAAAUUUUGUAACAAAACCUUUAAUGCAUCUAGUUUAAAAUUAUAUUUGCGAAUAUAUAUGAUAAAGAAACCGCAUGUUUGUGAAAUUUGCAGUGAAAGGUUUUCUGAGCGGCACGUAUUUAACUUGCAUUUCAUGAUCGAUUUGGAAAAGAAACAGUAUGCAUGCGACAUUUGCAGUAAACCAUUUUUUUCAACAUUCUGAUUUAAACAUACAUCUGAGGGUGGAUAUGAAACUGAAACCGCAUGGAUAUGACAUCUGUAAAUAUACAUUUUCUUGUAUAUAAAAUUUAAAAGUUCAUUUUCGAACGCAUACGAAAAAGCAUCCGUAUAUUCAUGUGAAUUUUUUAAUAUAAGAUAUUCUCAUUCCAUUUCUUUAAUGCAUUUGCCAAAUAUCAUAGAAAAUGUAUGAAUAUACAGUUCUGAUGUUGAACGCUUAUUAAUGGGAGAGCUUCACUUCAUUUUAAAGAGAAAGACUUAUAAUAAUGAUUAUUUUAGGAAGUUAAUGAUUCAGAAAACAUAGGCAAAAGAUAAAUAAAUAAAGGCUUUUUAUUUUACUCAAAUAUAUUGAAAUAAUCUCUUCUAGAAAUUCUAUUUUGUAGGAUACAAUGCAUGCUCACUGUUAUUAUGCAGGGUAAUUCGAAUAUUUAAAUGAAUAUUUCAACCUUGCAGGGCUUUUGAAGUAAACGAAACAAAGUGAAAUCUUGUUGUUCAUCCGAAAUUAUAAAUAACAAUUAAAAACUUAACACAGUAAUAAAUGUUUAGUAGAAGCACCUCCAAAAAUACGAACAAUACCAAGACGAUACGAUCACUCAUCCCAUACCCUUUCAGUUUCUUCAAUAUCACGCUUUGAAAGCCUGGAGAUAUGCACGUUUUAAGUUUAGGAACAUCAUUUUUUAACGGGGGGUGGGACAAACACCUGCAAUUUGCUGUAGCCGCAAGGGAAAACAGAAUCAACUGUCACCCGACACGCAUAUUCGCUACCUUUCAACGCUUCACUCCGGGUAUGCAGAGAAGUGUGGAUGUGUUAUCGUACUUCGAUAUCCUUCUCGUUUCCCGACUGACUCGCAUUGAACUCUUUUAACUGCUUCGAAUUUAAAUUUUCACUUGUUAUUUUUGAUAAAUAAGAAGAUUGUUUUCUAUUAACAGACCGGCAAAUUUAGGAUAUUCUUGUGUAAAUCACCUUAUAUUCCGUGAAACAUGUAAAUGAAUAUUUAUGUCUUAAUUACUUAUUUCAUGUGAAGUCAGCUUAUCCAUGUGAUCAUGUUUCAUACACAUGCUUUAAUAUGUUUACAAUAAAAAUUUGUAUUUUAUUGAAAAGUAUUGCAAAUUAAAGUACUUUUCUUUUGUUAUAGUGUGUUCCUAUAAAUGUAUAAUUUUUGUGACACUUUGUACCUUUUUAAAGUUUCAAAUUUGUGAUUUAUUAUUAGAAAUAUAAAAUGUAAUAUGCAGAAGUGUGACUUUGUACGGAUGUGUUUCAAUUAUGGAAUUUAUAUAACAUGUUUUCUUGCUUUAAAUAUGCAUCUUAUAUUGAACCAUUUUGUAUCGA